UCUUCCCUUUCCUUACGCGACGUCCUCAUCCAACCCGAUCCCAGAACCUUGCUCCAACCAGAACGCGGAGACUCCAUCCAUGGACGUCACUGACACCACUCAACAAGCCUUCGACCGAGCCAAGAGCUCAAGCGGUUCGAAGAAUCCAAGCUCGGCGUCAAAGGUCUCGUCGACUCUGGCCUCACCUCCCUCCCUCCCCUCUUCAUUCACCCGCCCGAGACCCUAUCCACCUUCAAGCCCACCCGCCCCAGGCCCGACUCCAUCCCCACCAUCGACCUCUCCUGCUGCGACUCGUUCCGGCGGCCCUCCGUCGUCGCAGAAGUGGGUCGUGCCGCUCGCGAGCUCGGCUUCUUCCAGGUGGUCAACCACGGCGUGCCGACGGAGGUCUGGACCGCACGAUCGCCGCAGUGAAGGCCUUCCAUGAGCAGCCGAUGGAGGCGAAGGCAAAAGAUCUACCGCAGGGAGAUGGGGACCGGCGUGUCGUUCUUCUCCAACAUCGACUUGUUCCACUCCAAAGCGGCUAGCUGGAGGGACAUGCUCCAUAUAGGGCUGGGGCCAAAAUUAGCAAACGUGGAAGAGAUCCCCAAGGUGUGCAGAAACGAGGUGUUGGAGUGGAAUCAACAAGUUCAACGGCUGGGGAGCCUCCUCUUGGGGCUGUUGAGUGAGGGGCUGGGAUUAAGUGCCGGCAAGCUACAGGAAUUGAAGUGCUUGAAGACAAGGGUCAUGGUGGGGCAUUACUAUCCAUACUGUCCCCAGCCCAAUAUGACAGUCGGCUUGACGUCCCACACAGACCCAUGAGUGAUCACAUUACUGCUGCAGGACCAGAUCAAUGGGUUGCAAGUGAAGCACGGCAACGAGUGGGUGGAUGUGGCGCCCGUCCCAAGGGCUCUUGUUGUGAACAUCGGUGACAUCCUCCAGGUGAACUCCCGUCAAGGACUAGGACUUUCUACAAAGCUCCUAACUUAGGUUAACAUUCGACCGUGAAAUGAAGUCUUAUUAUGUAAGUUUGAAUUUUCCAGAUCAUGUC